AUGGUGGGCCUGGCGACGCGGUCCGGCAUCCGCGUGCACGGCUCCCCCUCCGCCCUCUCCUACACCCAGUUCGAGCACCACGCCGGCAGCAGGCUGCACCGGCCGUGUGCGCACACGCACACGGCGUCGGGCCGCAGCCUGCAGGACAUCAUAUGCGAGCUGAGGGACGGGGCGUGGGAGGCCAGCGAGGCGACGGGAUCGCCGGAGGCCACGGAGGGAGGCGCGGCGUCGGUGGAGGCGGAGGCAGGGCCCAGCUGUGGGUCGGACGACGGCCUGUGCUGCUGGAUAUGCGGCCAGAAGGGCGGUCUCCUGUCCUGCGAGUCUUGCCCGGGAACAUACCACCCAGCCUGCCUGGUGCCCUCACCACCCUGUUCCCCGGGCCCCUGGUGGUGCCCCUCCUGCACCUGCACAGCCUGCAGGGGUCCCAACUUCCAGGACGAGCCCAACUUGACUGCCCCCGCAGUGUUUGUGGAUGCCGUGCCCGCACACCCUCCGCCCAUGGACCUGGCCUCCUUGGGGCUGAUGGGCCCAGCGCAGCUGCCCGUGGAUGGCUACGUGGGGCUGGAGUGGCUGAACACUGUGCUGCAGUGCCGGAAGGACCUGCGCACUGCAAGGGUAAAGGUGGCUCCAAAGGGUGUGAUCGGUCACGUUCAAGGGUAUGGGACCCAGCCAAGGGCCAGGAGGCCCGAAGGAGACGACGGGAGGGACGAUGGGGAAGUGAGGGAGUUGGUGAAGGCUGCAGAGGCGUGCAAGGAUGCCGAGGAGGUGCAGGGAAUGCUGAACGAAAGGUUUCCUAAGGCCCAGAGCAGCUGCCACAAGACCCAGCCUCUGAAGAAGGUGUUCACAAUGUUGUUUCCAGGGGAAGAGAUGAAGGAACGCAAGUGCAUGAUGGCCAUGGUGGCCGGGCGGCUCUUCCCCAUGGCCCACCAGGGCAGCUCCAGCCGCCAGAGCGCCGAGCGGGCCCCCCGCGAGGGCGAUGCCAUCUGUGCCCCGCCCCGCGGAUCAGCACCGGCCAAGGCAAGCAGCAGCCCAUACACCGACCCGCCCAAUCCCUGCGCUCACGCUCGCGCACCCCCAUGCCCAGACUCCCCCCCCAACCUGCCCUCCAAGCGCCGCAAAUCGGACAACGCCUGCUCGGGCGUGCGCGGGGGAGGUGACGACCAGUCUGCGGAGAAUCUCCUGAAGGUCGAGGUCGAGCUGAGCGCGGCUGGCCCUUGCAAUGACGCCGACGGCGCGGCGUCCGUGCAGUCGCCCAGGACGGACGCCGGAGGUGCCGCCGAUGCCGCGAACCGGGAGUCGUCCGGCACCGCGGCGGGGCCCGAGGACGUGGGACUGACCGACGGAGCCGCGGGCGGAAUCUUCGCAGACGGAACCGCGGACGAGGAUGCAAUUGGCGACGAGGACAUGGGCGGCAACGGCAGCGCCGACGGCUGCCAAUCGGCCCCGCGGUCGGGCUCCAGCAGCAACACAAACGGACCGUCGUCGCGCUCGGGGCGCAGCGGAGAAGGCGGCAGCAGGCGGGGGCCAUGCUUCGCGUCGGGAGGGGACACGCCGUCCGGCGGGUGCGCCGGGCCGCCUUCGAUCGACGGCAACAGCUGCGGGGGAGGGGGGCGGUCCGUCAACGACAACGGCAGCGGAGGAAUGGGGUCAUUGAACAACAACAAUGGCAGCGGAGGGGCGGGAUCACUGAACACCAACAGCAACAGCGGAGCGGAUGGAUCGCUGAACAACAACAACGGCAGCGGAGGGGCGAGGUCUUUGAACAACGCCAGCAGAGGCGGGCCACCGUCUCUGAACGACAACAACGGAGGGCCGUCCGUCGACAACAAUGGCAGCGCGGGCGCGAGAUCGCUGAACAACAACGGCAGCGUGGCGGCCGGAUCGCUGACCAACAACGGCAGCGCGGGGGCUGGAUCGCUGAACAACAACGGCUUCGUGCCCGGGGACGGCGCCAGCCCGCCCUCCGCCGACGCACCCUCCGGCACGCCCUCCAAGGCGGGCUCGCCAUCCGACCACCGCCGCGCGGCUAGCGACAGCAACCUGCCGGACAUGCGGGCCAAAAGCGCCACGUCCGAGUGCCCGCUGGACUCCGGCCCCGACGCCCUGCGCCUGGGCGAGUACCUGGACGUGCCCUCCCUCAGCGACCCGCUCUUUCCCAGCCCAGGCGCGUCCCUUGACGGCCUGGACAUCUUCGCGCCGAACCCGGACCCGGACCCGGACGCCUUCGGGCCCGCGGAUCCGCCCCAGCAGCCUGAGCCGCACGGCGCCGUUCCCUGCGAGCCCAGCCAGGGGCUGGCCCCGAGGGCCCCCACGCAGCCGUUCCGAUCCGCGCCCCAGCUCAAGUCCGAGGACUUGAAGGUGAAUGACGGGGCCGGCGUGGGGGGGGAGAUGGGAGGCUACCGGGAUGGCGCGCGGUGCGAGGUGGCGCCGAGGGGAUUCGGCGGGGGGUGGGAUGAAGGGCAGUUUGACGCUGGAGGGACCAGUGGAUCGAGGGGGGCGUUCUGCCCGCGCCCGGGCGGCGGGGUGCCGCAGCAGCCCCCGUGGCAGGGGGGGCUGGGCGCGGCAAGGAGCUGGCGCGAGUUCGGCCAGGGGGCGGACGGAUUGGGGCUGGGGGGGGUGCUCCGCGUGUCCAGCCAAUCCUCGCCACCACCCGGGGCCUUGGGGCCCAGCGUUCCUUGGGGCCCGCGACGGGAGGAGCGGGGGGAUUAUCCCGGCCGCCUGCAGGGACUUGGGACCCGGGAGGAGGGGGGCCGCUCGCCGGACGGGGAGCUCCUGGUGCUGGGCAAGGCUGGCCAAGACCCCAAGUCGAAGUCAGCGUCAGAGUGCACCACACAGACGGACUCGGGCAUGCUCGCGGAGCCCAGCGCGCACGAUGGCGACGAGGAGGUGGAGUCGCCAGUGCCGCCGCGGGUUGAACCCCUGCAGCCUGUCUCCAAUCCCCCAAUCUCGAUUCCACCCGUGCACUUGCAGCAACACCACCGAAGGAACUUUCCCUUUGGAUUCGGCCCGGCUGCGCGGUUGGCUGAUCCGUUGGUGUUCGGCGGUCUGCCACCGCCGCCCGCCCCCCCGGGCGGGCCGGCCCCCAGGGCCCAGGGUGGGAGCUUCAGGCUGUGGGCCGUGUCUGAGAGGGUGGAAUGGGACAGCCGGGUCCGCUGUGCGGGCUGCCACAUGGACUACCACUUCGAGUGCCUGCCGGGCGAGCCGUGGGGGCUGGACAGGCCAUGGUUCUGCAGCAUGCCCUGCCACGGGAUCAGCGCGAUGCUGGCCAUGCAGAACUGCCGCGGGCUCGUGCAGGUCGACCGCCUGGUGGACAACACACCCAUCAGCUGGCAGCUCAUCCGUGGGGCAGCCGUCUACAAGCCCAGUGACUGCACUGCGCAUGCUCCCAAGUACACUGGCCAGCAACAGAAGCGCCUGAGGGUGGUUCUGGAGGGUGCCAAGCUGCUCCUUUCCUACUCCUUCGAGCCCCUCCUGGAUGGCGCCACGGAGGAGAACCUCAUACCCCUCAUGGUCGAGGGCCGCCGGUCGCCCGACGGCGCCACCGACUUCUCGGGCUUCCAGUCCGCCACCCUGUGGGUCGGCAAGACCCUGGUAGCCGUGGCCCUGCUGCGGGUGCUGGGCCCCUUUGUGGCGGAGCUGCCGCUGGUGGUGGUGCACAGGGAGGUGCGGGGCUACGGACUGUCCAAGCUGCUGUUCUCGGCAGUGGAGAGGUGCAUGUUCGAGGUUGGGGUGCAGGCGGUGGUGAUGCCCGGGUUUGGAGCCAGUCAGGGGAUGGGGACCAGUGGACGGUCCAGCGCAGAACUGGCCGCCGGGAGGUGCUGGCCGCUGUCUGUGGGCUGCGAAGUCGUGGGCCGGGCCGAGUCUCGCAGCCUGUGCAGGUUUCGGUUUCUGCGCAUGCCUGGGAUCCCCCUCUGUACUAAGCCCAUAAGGAGCGACAACCUGCUUCAGGUUCCCAAGCUGUGCCCGGAGCUUCUGGUCAUGGGCAGGCGCCCGCUGAAGAUGGAGUGGAUGGCGGCGGAGGCGGAGAGGAGACGGAGGGUGCAGCUGCCGCGGCACGCCGUAAAGUACGUCGGCCACAGGUCCGGGAACACUGUGCCGGCUUACCUGCCUCGAGGGCCCAUGCACGCCAUGGGGCGCCGGCCGUGGGGCAGGGGGCCGGAGGUGGCGUUUGGACAGGCUGGACCAGGCUGGCACGGGGACGAUGCUCUGGGACACAGGGAGCCACCGUGCCCGUGGGUAGAGCACCCGGGAUGGGGCAGGUCGGGCAGGGUGCCGUGGGGGGGGCGGAUGGGGUCCGUGGUGAAGGCCCACAUGCCCUGGGACACCAACCCCUAUGGCCCAGGGCAGAUGCCUGCCUCCAGCAGGUGA